AUGGCAGAGGACACACGGAGGCAAAGAGAGUCCGUCUCUCUCACACCUGUGGCCCACGGCCUGGAGAACAUGGGGGCUGAGUUCUUGGAAAGCAUGGAGGAAGGCCAGCUCCCGUGUGGUAACUCAAGCCAGUCCUCCGAGGGCAGAGGCAGCUGGAGCAAAGCAGAGACGAAGCCCAGAUGGAGGAGCCUGCAGCUGACCGUGCGGAUGAGAAGCUUCUUCAGGGAGCACAAGCAGCUGUCUAAAUGGGUCUUCACAGGCCUGCUCUGUACGGCUUACAUUGCCUUCCUGAUCACCGCCUGCCUGCUGGACUUCCAGAGGGCCCUAGCGCUGCUGGUCAUCACCUGUGUGGUUCUCUUCUUCCUGACCUACGGUCUGCUGAAGAGGCUUCUGGGGCCCAGGCUGAGGAGGUGUGGGAAGUUUCAAGGCCAUUCUCGCCUGAGCCUCUGGCUGAAAAGAGGUCUAGCCCUUGCUGCUGCCCUAGGCCUGAUCUUGUGGCUAUCUCUGGACACCUCCCAGCGGCCUGAACAGCUGGUGUCCUUUGCGGGGAUCUGUGUGUUCCUUGCCCUUCUCUUCGCUGGCUCCAAGCAUCACCGUGCUGUGUCAUGGCGGACUGUGUCCUGGGGCCUUGGGCUGCAGUUUGUGCUGGGUCUCUUUGUCAUCAGAACAGAACCAGGAUUUGUUGCAUUCCAGUGGCUCGGUGAUCAGAUCCAGGUCUUCCUGAGCUACACCGUGGCCGGCUCCAGCUUUGUCUUCGGGGAGGCUCUGGUCAAGGAUGUCUUUGCCUUUCAGGUUUUGCCCAUCAUUGUUUUCUUCAGCUGUGUUAUGUCGGUUCUGUACUAUCUGGGCCUCAUGCAGUGGGUGAUCCUGAAGAUUGCCUGGCUGAUGCAGGUCACCAUGGGCACCUCAGCCACUGAGACCCUGAGUGUGGCCGGAAACAUCUUUGUGAGCCAGACCGAAGCUCCCCUGCUGAUCCGGCCCUACCUGGCAGACAUGACACUCUCUGAAGUUCACGUUGUCAUGACUGGAGGCUACGCCACCAUUGCCGGCAGCCUCCUGGGCGCCUACAUCUCCUUUGGGAUUGACGCUGCCUCCUUAAUUGCUGCCUCCGUCAUGGCGGCCCCAUGUGCUUUGGCCCUCUCCAAGCUGGUCUACCCGGAGGUGGAGGAGUCCAAGUUCCGGAGUGAGGAAGGAGUGAAGCUGAGUUAUGGAGACGCUCAGAACCUUGUGGAAGCAGCCAGCGCUGGGGCUGCCAUCUCAGUGAAGGUCGUUGCCAACAUUGCUGCCAAUCUGAUCGCUUUCCUGGCUGUCCUGGCCUUCAUCAACGCCGCCCUCUCCUGGCUGGGGGACAUGGUGGAUAUCCAGGGACUCAGCUUCCAGCUCAUCUGCUCCUACAUCCUGCGGCCUGUGGCCUUCUUGAUGGGCGUGGCCUGGGAGGACUGUCCGGUGGUGGCUGAGCUGCUGGGCAUCAAGCUGUUUCUGAAUGAGUUUGUGGCCUAUCAAGAGCUCUCCCAGUACAAGCAGAGACGCCUGGCGGGGGCUGAGGAGUGGCUGGGUGGCAAGAAACAGUGGAUCUCGGUCAGAGCAGAAAUCCUGACGACAUAUGCCCUCUGCGGCUUCUCCAACUUCAGCUCCAUCGGCAUCAUGCUGGGAGGCCUGACCUCCCUGGUCCCCCAUCGGAGGAGUGACUUCUCCCAGAUUGUGCUCCGGGCGCUGAUCACCGGGGCCUUCGUGUCCCUGAUGAACGCCUGUGUGGCAGGGGUCCUCUACGUGCCCAGGGGCAUCCAGGUGGACUGUGUGUCCCUUCUGAACCAGACCCUCAGCAGCAGCAGCUUUGAGGUGUACCAGUGCUGUGGCCAGGUCUUCCAGAGCACCAGCUUGGAGUUCAGCCCGGAGGCACUGGACAACUGCUGUCGAUUUUACAAUCAUACAAUCUGCACAUAACUGGAACUGAACAUCUUCCUGCCCUCAGGAGUCAUUCACCCCAGAAGGUGUCUGUCCUCAAGGAGGCCACGGGACGCAUCACUACUUCCAUUCUACCAUCGGGAAAGGGUGCUACAGUGAAUGGAGACUUCAGUAAAUGAAAACACCCCUGGUCACAUCACUGCUCCCCCAUGUCCUACCUCUUCAAGUGAGAGUUCCCAGCGUCUCCUCUGCUCCCUGCUCCAGGCUAAUAUUCUGGUCCUCUCUACUCCUCUUUCCUUAGGAUCCUCAUGUGUACCUGCCCCAAACUACCUCCCUGCUCCCUUCCAAGCAUCAGACUUGCUGGGGUUCUCCCCCAGGAGCUGCCUCUAGAGACACCCACCUUCACUCAGUCCCCAGAGUGCUUUCCAAACUGGUGUCCUGCAGGACAACAUCUCAGUAGGCUCGAUGUUCUGAUCGGCCCAUGGCUCACUAAGUUUGGAGCACUGAGCUAAAUAAAGUUAGAUGGGGUUUGUUUGGUUGGGUUUUGAGAUGGGGCCUCAUGGAGCUCAUUCUGCAGCUUAGGAUGACUCCUGAUCUUCCUGCAUCACUUCCUGAGUGCCUGGAGUACAGGGGUGUCCAUCACAUCUGGCCCAGAAGAACUUGUUCUUUGGGCUGUCAAGAGAUUUCAGCGGGUAAAGGCAUCUGCUGCUAAGUUAGAUGACCUGACUCUGAUCCCUGAGACCCCCCCCCCACAUAGUGAAAGGAGAGAAGGACUUCUGCAUGUUAUCCUCUGACCUCUACAUGUAUGCUGUGGCACAUGCCCUGCCCCCCCCAAUUAAAAAUAAUACAAUGCAGCCAGGUAGUGGUGGCAUACACUUUUAAUCGUAGCACUCAGGAGGCAGAGGCAGGUGGAGCUCUGAGGCCAGCCUAGUCUACACAGAGAAUUCCAGAACAGCUAGGUCUACAGAGAGAGUUCCAGGAUAGUCAAGUGUAUACAGAAAAACUUUGUAUGGAAAAACUAAUAAUAAUAAUAAUAAUAAUAAUAAUAAUAAUAAUAAUAAUAAUAAAUACUAUUUUAAAACUUUA